ACCUCCGAGACCCAAGCAAGCCGCCUUACGGCGCAACCGGUUGAGGCGGUCACUCGCACCCCUUCCUCUUCCUCUCCCCUCCGCCCGUGGCUUCGUCUUCGUCGUUCUAUAAAUCCCCAGUACAGCCACUAACAGCGAUCGUCUUCCUCCCUCUAGAUCUCUCUUGCCUUCUCUCGUAGGAUGAUCUCGGAGCGCUGCGUUUCUUGUACCACCUUCAACAUUUUCGCGCCCAUCUACAAGCGCCUCAGCGAGAAGGUGGGCUGCGUGAAUCUGGACCAGAGUUGCCGGGAGAGCCAAUACAGGGCGUACUGGCAGAGUAGGAACCAGAGCAUCAUCGACCGACUUUUGGGAGAUCGGUCCUCCGUCAUUUGCCUGCAGGAGGUUUGGUUGGGGAAUGAGGAGCUCGUUGACAUGUAUGAGAAAAGGCUUGGCGGUGCGGGUUAUAUCAGUUUCAAGCUUGCUCGGACCAACAAUCGUGGUGAUGGCCUUCUCACAGCUGUUCGUAGAGACCAUUUUAGGAUUAUAAACUAUCGAGAGUUGCUCUUUAAUGAUUUUGGGGACCGUGUUGCUCAGCUAUUACAUGUCGAAUCAGUUGUUCCUGUAUUGCAAGGACCUAAUAGCAACAUUCAUGCACAGAUUAUCAUUGUGAAUACCCAUUUGUUAUUUCCUCAUGACUCUAGCCUGUGUAUAGUUCGUUUGCAACAGGUGUAUAAGAUCCUUCUUUACAUAGAAACAUACCAGAAGGAGCACAAUCUUAGUCCCAUGCCUAUUGUACUCUGUGGAGACUGGAACGGAAGCAAACGUGGUCAUGUUUAUAAGUUUCUUCGGUCUCAAGGGUUUGUAUCAUCAUAUGAUACAGCUCACCACUAUACUGACAGUGAUGCAGAUUGCCACAAGUGGGUUAGCCACCGUAAUCACCGUGGGAACAUCUGUGGGGUUGAUUUUAUAUGGCUUUUGAAUCCAAACAUGUAUAGGAAGCCCCUUCGAACUAGCUGGAGUGAAGCAGUAUUUGGCAUUAUUAAGUAUCUUCUGCAAGCAGCUUCUCUUACAAAUGAUGAUGCAUUUGCAUUCCUAAAGGCUGACAAUCUUGGUGAUUAUAUUAUCUACUCGGGUUUCUGUCAAGCACUCCACCAGUUAGGCAUAACUAGCCAGCUUGACGGUCUUGGUCCCGAAGAUGCAAAAGAUUUAUGGUUUCAAGCUGACAUUGAUGGGGAUGGUGUUGUCAACUAUGAAGAAUUUAUGAAGCGAAUUUGGAGUCUAAAAUGGUCGGAGCAUCCAAACGAGAUUUUAGGGCAAGGGACCGAGCGAGGAUCAGCAACGAGCAUAGGGAAGCACCAGGCCUUUGGUUUCAGAGUAAAAGAUGCAGUUCUUUUUCCACCGGAAGUCGAGAAGGGAAUGUGGCCAGAAGACUACUCUCUGUCAGAUCAUGCACCAUUGACUGUUGUGUUUUCUCCUGUGAGAAUGUCUUAUAGUCCGAGUUGAAGCGGUAGGAAAAAGUUUGUCAUGACAAAUCUGAGUUUUUGUUAAUCCGUGGGUAAUCUAUAUGUAUGCAAAGCUCUACCCUAUCUAUCGACCCAUUAUGUAUAGCAUCUGAUAGUGAUCAAUGUCAUGGAUACAAAAAUUGCAAGCUUGGAAUUCCAUUUGA